CACAGGCGUACUGCCUGGAUGCGUGUGUGAGCUAAGAGGGAAGCUGCAAGUUCUCAGUGUUUAUCUGCAGUUACAGUUUAUAUUAUUGGUUAUUAUGAAGAUCUCGUACAAAUUUAGCUACUAAUGCACGUUUUUACAAGAAAAGGAGUCCACGGUUAAAACUAAAAUCCACAAUGAACCCUCCGUUGUGCUGACCCAGUGCGAUUCCACAGCCGAGUCAGCAUCCAACGGUGUAUAGUAUGUGACUUAGCGGCAUCCAUUCUGUGCUGGCCUCAUAUCAAGUCAGUCAGCAGAAAGAGGAGCUUUGCAGUCAUCAGCUGGUGCAUGUAAAAGUCCUUCCAAUGUCUUUAGCAAAGGAUAUUCUGGAUGUGCUGCGCAUCGUCCUGGAGUACUUUGGAGUGCCUCCAGACAUGCUGGUUCCAGUGUGGGACAGUCAGCUGUGCGGUCAGUAUCGCAGCAUUGUGCGGAUGAUCGGGACCAACCUCCCACUGGCACCUACACCACGUGUCCACUUUCAGAUCCCCCUGCUCACCUAUAGGCCCAGUGGUUAUGUUGACAUCACAGUGGAUACACCUGCCAUCCCCUCAUUCGCAGACGUCAUGUGGGUGUUUGAGGACGAGGGGGACGGCUCUGCCAAGACCAGGAACCAUUUACUUCCAAGGAAAGGAAGUACUGUAAAUCGGGACGUGGUGAGAUAUCCAGGACCGGUCAUCAAUCAAGCCCAGAGAGGAGGCAGAUCUGUAAGACAGACAUCUGAUCCAGACGCCCUGAAGAAGAUCACAGUGCUGGAGAGCGAGCUGCUCAAACUACGAGCUCAGAUAGCCAUGAUUGUUACUGCUGCUCCAGCCUCAGGUUUGACCGAGUCCCAGAAUGCACCAGGCACGCCUUUGAUGUCUCCUCCCCCUCACCCAGCUCUCACCUCCACGCCUCGCUGUGCUGCUCCACCACCACCUCCACCUCUACCUCCUCCCUGCCCUAGCGCCUCCACUGAGACUUCGUCUGUAUUACAGCUGAUCCGCCAGCGCAGGAAGGACGAGAAAGACCUUAACAAGGGUCAGGACUGGGGCCUCAGCAGGGGUUCGGGAGUUAAAGGGAUCCCAUCUAUGCUGGAUGUUCUCAAGGACUUAAAUCAAGUUAAAUUGCGUUCAGUGGAGAGAUCACCAGGGGGCACACCAGUCAGAAGAAGACGCAGUAAGGGAGGCGCAGCAUUGCUUAGUGACCCAGCGGCUCUUAUUGCUGAAGCACUAAAGAUAAAGUUCGCCCAGCAUCGCCAUAACAAUUCCUCUGACAAAGAGAAUUCACUCGAACUCUCACCAUUCGGCAGUCCAGAAACACCCAAGGUUCCUCUCCACACCAGACGCAGUCAGGGACGCCUCCACAUCUGAUCCUGUUGAAUAACUUCUGACCCCAAAAUGUCAAAAGUCACACAUCCCAUCAGCCAAUUACAGCUCCCACAGAUGUGCCUCACAAACGGAUUGCUGCUGCAGCUACUGACUUACAUUUCAUUUUUAUUUUUGUUUGUCUUUUGUUCUUGUAGGAGUGUUUGUCUCACAUUGAACAAAGUGCUUGUUUCUGUUAAGUAUCUCUUUGCUGGGAGGUUAGAAUGUAUAUUUUAGUUAUAACAAUUGCUGUGAACAAUUGUUUUCUUUUAGUACAGUGGAAUUGUAUAUUUCCAGUGUUAUUCAUACAGUAAUGAUAUCUUUUUAAAGGAAAUAAUGUGAUAAUGUAUUUAAGCAGGUAGGCACUGUACCUUGUAGCUACCUGCCUUAAUGUCUGUCACUUUGUGAGGCGUAAUUCUUACCUCCACCAAGUGAAAUGAAUAACAGUGGGUAUUGAGAUUUACACAGCUCUAUUCUAUGCAACUGCUGUUUCAAGUUCUUUUAUUUUAUUAAAGUGUAAAAGUGCACUGAUCAA